AGAGAGGAGGCGGAGAAAUCAGAUCUGAUCCCGCUCACUUCACCGCCACCAUUAUCAAUGGAGUCAAAUCAAUCCGGUUCCGAGAGAGACAAAGGGAGCAGCUUGCCGUCGUCCAUCUCCGUCGUCUGCAGCUUCUGGAGAGAAUUUGAUCUAGAAAAGGAAAGAAGUGGUCUUGAUGAACAAGGGCUAAAAAUCGCUGAAAACCAGGAAGUUAGUCAAAAGAACAGGCGGAAGCUUGCAGAGAGUACUCGGGAUUUUAAGAAAGCAUCUAAAGAUGAGAAGCUAAGUUUGUUUAACUCCUUACUCAAGAAUUAUCAAGAAGAAGUCGACAAUCUUACAAAGAGAGCAAAAUUUGGUGAAAAUGCAUUUCUUAACAUAUACCAGAAGCUUUAUGAAGCUCCAGAUCCUUAUCCAGCUCUUGCUUCUUUUGCUGAGCAAGAUGAAAAGCUGUCAGAACUUGAGUCUGAAAAUCGAAAGAUGAAGCUUGAACUUGAAGAAUACAGAUCUGAAGCUACUCAUCUAAGGAAUCAGCAAGCUACAAUUAGAAGACUUGAGGAUCGGAAUCGCCAACUAGAACAACAGAUGGAAGAAAAAGUUAGAGAGAUUGUCGAAAUCAAACAACGUAGCCUUGCAGAAGAAAACCAGAAAACUCUGGAAGUCCUCAAAGAAAGGGAACUUUUGUUGCAAGAUCAAUUACGGCAAGCCAAGGAAAGUGUGGUCAAUAUGCAGAAAUUGCAUGAGAUUGCCCAAAGCCAGUUGUUUGAACUUCGUACUCAAUCAGAGGAAGAAAGAGCUGCAAAGGAAUCUGAGGUAAAUCUCCUAAUGGAUGAAGUUGAACGGGCUCAAACACGGCUAGUUAGUCUGGAGAGAGAAAAGGGCCUUCUGCGUUCUCAGGUGCAGUCAACUGACGAAGAAAAUGGAGAUAAGAAAAGUGAUCUAGAGGUGAGCAGUAUAUUGGAAAGUUCCUUGAAUGUAAAGGAGAAGAUAAUCUCUGAGUUGAAUAUGGAACUUCAUAAUAUGGAAACCACGUUAUCAAAUGAGAGGGAGCAACACUUGAAUGAGAUUAAAAAGUUGAAUGCACUACUCAAUGAGAAGGAUACUGCUCUUGUGGAAAUGAGAAAAGAACUUCAAGAAAGGCCAACUGCAAAAUUAGUUGACGAUCUCCAUAAAAAAGUCAAAAUUUUGCAGGCUGUUGGUUACAACUCCAUUGAGGCUGAAGAUUGGGAACUCGCUACCAGUGGUGAAGAAAUGAGCAAGCUGGAGUCUCUUUUACUUGACAAAAAUCGAAAAAUGGAGCAUGAAUUAACACAACUAAAGGUUAAAAUUUCAGAGAAAGCUAGUCUACUGGAAGCUGCUGAAGGUAAGAUUUCAGAACUAACUGCAAAGGUGGAUGAACAACAAAAGCUGAUUGCAAAACUGGAAGAUGACAUUCUUAAGGGCUAUAAUUCCACUGAACGGAAAGGUUCACUUCUGAAUGAUUGGGAUCUUCAGGAAAUAGGCUCAAGUGAAGUAUCUGAGGGUGCAGAUCAUAGGCUUAUCGCUUCAGAUCAAGACCAAAGUUCAAUGCUAAAGGUCAUAUGCAAUCAGCGUGAUCGUUUCCGAACACGCUUACGAGAAGCAGAAGAGCAAGUGAGGCAACUGAAGGAGAAGAUUGGGAUGCUAACUGUAGAACUGGAAAAUACAAAAGCUGAUAAUGUAAAACUUUAUGGAAAGAUUCGUUAUGUCCAAGAUUACAGUCUUGAAAAGCUUUCUUCCAGAGGGCCUAAGAAGUAUGCAGAAGAUGUUGAAAGUGGUUUUUCUUCUGAGGUUGAGUCCAAGUACAAGAAGAUGUAUGAGGAUGAUAUAAAUCCUUUUGCUGCUUUCUCGAAGAAGGAAAGGGAUCAACGAUACAAGGAGCUUGGAAUAAGAGAUAAAAUUACACUUAGUAGUGGGCGUUUUCUGCUUGGCAACAAAUAUGCCCGAACAUUUGUCUUCUUUUACUCCAUCGGUUUGCAUCUCCUUGUGUUCACAUGCUUAUACAGAAUGUCAGCAUUAAGCUAUCAAAGCACUACACCUGGCCAUAACGAAGCCAUCCUGGAUGCUGGGAACCUCACUCUAUCUCAUGCAUUUUAAUGCAUAUAGUGUAGUGGUUAAUCAGUGGAAGUUCGGGUCUGUAGGCAACAACAACAACAUCCCCUACACUGAGCCAGAAUUCGUGACCAAAGCUGCCUUCUUGGAUAUGAUGGGGAGAUCAUUGUACAUAAAAUGAGUCCGCGCCGAUCCAGUUUUUAUAAUCAAUGAGCCUGCUUGUUGUUUUUCUUGAUUGUUGAAAAGCAGAGAUAUUACGAUGGCAUACAAAGAAAAAAAGGAACUGUUUGAUUUUUCUUUAGUAUACACAUGAAAAUUUAAGCUACGACAUCAUUUGCUGUAGAUGCUAUUCGGGUGUUUCCUUAAUGCUGCUUGCAAAUAGCUCAA